UUCGCUACAUUCUCCUUUUCGUUUUACCCCUGCGCCGCGCCCACCCUAGCUAGAAUACUGUCUCGUUAGGUUCGUGUCGUUUUUUUUUUCGUUUUUCAUCACCUUCACCACGAGUUCACCCACGAACUUUUCCGUUGGCCCUUAUACGUUUCACCCUUGGACUUAGCCAGGCUACUACGACCUCUUUCGUUUUCGUUAGCCUCAUAACUGCUAAAGUACCGUUACCAAUAAACUAUACGUGGUGUCUCGCUACGCACUUCACAGUAUACCCUCGCUAUUAAUAGCACGAGGUCCAAAACUAUCAACACUGAAAGACUCACCCUUAGGAGCCUGAUAGCUUCUCAACUUACUUCUCUACAAGUACUACGUCUGUUUUCUGAACCGACAACACAUAAUAUCCGUUCACUCCACUAUCUGCUGACACGAUUUACCCACUAGUGACACUUUUCAGCAGUGACACUUGUUCCCACUACUACAGCUACCACAAUAGUAAACAGUGCAGAAUAUUUUCAAUAGUACUGACACUAUUAGUUCCACAAACAAUACUAAUAGAUUACAGUAACGCUUUACUAUUAAAUUAGUAUCCAACAAAAGAGCAACUUCUAAUUUGUUAGAUUUUAGUAUUUAUUAUCAGAUCUAGUCGCAAUGUUCCCUCAGACAGUAUACUACUCACGACCAAUGGACCUGGUCCAGUACCAGAACAAACACUAUCCGCACGUUCAACUCCACCCCCAUCAGGUUUUGAACCAACAGCAGCAGCCGUCGCAGCCUCCAUUGACACCUCUUGAUCUCACCUACUCCCAGUCUAUGCUUCCCUCUAAUUUGUUGAUGGGUUCACCCUACUUUGCCCUGCCAGCUUCUAUGCAUUUCCCACCACAGGCACAACAACAUGCAGUGUAUCAGAUGGUUCCUCCACUGCCAGUGAUGGCUUCACCAAGACAGAACCACCGUACCUUUAGUCACAGUAGCCAUCACAGCAAUAGCCAUAACCAUAACCACCAUAGUCAACACGGCUCACCAUACUUGACCCAUCUCAACAACACAACGUCUUCCAAUUCGUCCAACUCGUUAUUAAAUCACAACUUGGACCAGUUGAAUCUUCUGAGAACAGUCAUCCUCAAGAAUCUUGAUCCAAACUUGACUCUUAAUGAUCUCUUGAACGAAGUCGAAUAUGGGCCCAUCGAGUAUUGUAAGAUGUUCACGAAGGCUACUUCGAAGUCGAUACUUGCGCGUGACCCCAGUUAUCCCAAGGAGGUCAAAGUCUGUUACAUAUCGUUCAUCAACUCCAAGAUCUCAAUCUUGUUCCACCUCAGGUAUUUGAAGAAUGCGUCACAGAUGUCGGCUCUUAAGGCCAAGUUAAAUGACUCGAAGCAUUUGCGUAUUCAGCUCAACGAUACGGCCUCAGUGAGUCCGAUCGGCUCGGCAACCAACACAUUGGUACCUACGACAAACAACCAGGACUUCAUCAAGUUGAAGACUUUGAACUACAUCUUGGAGUUUAACGCUACGCGUUGUUUGCUCAUAAAGUUCACCAUUAAGAUAAAACCUGAGAUUGCGGAUGUGCCUGAGAAUCUGCGUAUCGAACACAUCAAGUUGUUUAUAAAUAACCAGUGUUUGAAGUUUGGCGAUGUGGAGGACUUUAUAAUCGACUUAAAUACUCAGAUAGAGCAAAAUUCGCAGCUGGAUAAGAAAUCUGAAGUCACGGUGGAUUCUGAUGACUCUGCUUUGGCCGCACCGCCUUUGAGGACUUCUGAAACUGAAGAAGCAGCCAAGGAAGAGGAAGAUCCAGACUCUAAGGAACUCAAAGAAUCUGAAGAACAAAUUGAAGAUGAGAAGGAUUCAACAAAUCAAGCGACACCAUCUGAAUCUGAUGUGCGUUUUCCAGGGUCUGUAAUAGUUCAUUUCACAUCGAUAGAUGCUGCCAUCAAGACAUACGAAAGUUACUUGCGCCGUAUCCAGCAUGAUAUUCAAAGGUUGAUCAACAACAAAGAAGGCACUACGAAGAAGAGAACUUCUCGUGAUGUCAAUGAAGUCAACCUCAGAUACGACAUCAAGUUCAGCAACGUCUCGUUUCACCAAGAUAGAUGUGACAGAACUCCAGUAGAACCUGCAAGCAAUCUUCAAAAGAAGAAGUCCAAGCCUUCUGUGGGUGGAGCAGGUGUGACCAAACUGCAUAUUCAACAGUUCACCAACAUUCCUGAGGAAGAUGUAGACCCUCUUGACACUGCCAGCGACAUCUUAGCAGGAAGCGGAUCUGCUUCCAAAUCAGAUUGUACAGCACCAGCACACCAGAACUUGAUGGAUUCUUUAAGUCCUACGUCUUCUCUUGUAGACGAUCCUUCGUUAUCCAUCAGUUCUGGCGAGUCUCCGAUUCCUAUGAGCAAGCAGCCAGUUGUAGGUCAUCGAGACGAAGUGGAUGUAGCUGAUGAUGACGAUCUGCUUGACCACGACGUGUUGAACAGUUCUAACUACUCUACUUCGGUCAUGAGUCAAAAUAGUGGAUACUCUCCUUACCCCAGAUAUCAGGCUCUUCAAACAUAUUUCCCUGCCAUGAUGCCUAUCAUGCCUACCACCAGCCAUCCCGGUAUGUCCAAUCCUGUCGGUCCCUCAUCUGGUUCUGCUACGGGAUCUAAUUACCAAAUGAACCCAGAUCCGUUCAACGUUGGUAAUAGAACUAUUUAUUUGGGUAACUUGCAUCCCAACACUACUAUUGAAGAAAUCGCCAACAACGUCAGAGCAGGUGGUCUAGUUGAAUCAAUCAAUUACCAUCAGGAGAAGAAGGUUUGCUUCAUCACUUUCGUGGAUCCAGGGAUUGCUCUCAAGUUCUACUUGAAUCAUCAGGUGUUGCACCAGUUGAUUAUCCAUGGUUAUGAUAUUACUGUUGGCUGGGCUAAGCAACACAGUGGACCUGUGAGCAGAGAAGUCUCUCUUGCUGUUACUGCUGGUGCCUCCAGAAAUGUGUACAUUGGCAUCAAGUUGAUCAGAGAGCCUAAUCCUGAUGGCUCUACUCCAGUAAAACCUAGAUUACCAGCUGAAGAUGAAUUGCGUGAAGACUUCUCCAAGUUUGGGGAAUUGGAACAAAUCAACUUUUACCAUAACAAAGACUGCGGUUUCUUGAACUUCCUUCACAUAAUCGAUGCUAUCAAGUUAGUGGAAAUAUUUGAGAAUGAUGCUAAGAUUGCCAUUAGCAAACUUCGUAAGUUGCUCAGGCACGAGAAGACUGAAGAUGUUGAUAUCUUCUACAACAAGUACAAGCCAUUCAAAAUCAGUUUCGCUAAGGACAGAUGUGGAAACCAACCUAAAUUUAGCUUCAAGAAGAAGAUGAGUGGAACAGGUUCUACUUACAAACAAUACCAACAGAAUAGGAACAAACUGAUCCCUAAGAAUAAGAAGGACAAGUUUGGUGAUGAGGUUUACGAUGACGAAGACUAUGACGAAGAAACCAGAAUGAAUGAAACUGAUGCGUUCAUGGCUGAAACAAUCAGUGAAGAAGCUGCAAUGGUCUUUGGAAUCAUCAGCAAUUCGGAAAAGCAAGAGAAUGAAGAAGAAAAGGCUGAAGUUGCUGAAGAUCUUGAAAAAAAUGGAGAUUCUGCAGAAGCUGAAAUUUUCCCUGCAGUUGAGGAAUCAAAGGACGGCAAAAAUCCAGCAGUUGAUAACAUUUUGGGAAUCAGUGAAGCAACUGAGCCCGAAGAUAAUGGGGAUGAAGAACUUGACGAAGAUGAAGAAGACGAGGAUGAUGUUUCCAUCAUUAUUGGUUCAGAUGAAACUACUUCCACUACUGCUCACAAUAGCAAUAAGGAAUACAAGAAGCGUAGCAAUUCAGCUAACGGAAACCAUCAACAGAGCAACGGUCGUUUCCAACAAAGAGUUUACCACAACAGGUAUAACAAUUCUGAUUUGUCUAUUCAUAUGAAAAAGUCGUCUAGAAACUCGUCCAACGUGUCUUUGAAUUCUAACUACGGCAAGUACUCGCAUCCUCCUUCGGUCCAACACCACCAGGGUUUCAAGUUUGCUUCAUCUCCAUAUAUGCAGCAACAGGUGUAUUACUACCCUCAAUCAGGUAGAAAUGGCAGCGUGUCGGCAGUUAGACCAGCUCCAGUGUAUGCACCAAGCUACAAUGGAAAUUUCUAUCCAGGCCAGGCUAUUCCAGCACCUCCACAGCAAUUCUAUCAACCAGCACCUCAACAGCGUUAUAAUCCGGCAUCGUCAGUUGCUCCACCAGUGCACAAGGGAGGGAUGUAUUCAACUUCAGGCUCGCAAGUGAUGGCUCAGUAUUUGGCCAAAUCUCAGCAUGACAAUUUAAUCUACGCGGCCAACAUUCUUGCCAAUGAGGUUGAUGUGGAUGAGGACUCCGAGUACGACCAGUAUGUUUACUCCAGCAGACACGCUAGUGUCAGCUCCAACAAGUCGAAGAGAUGAACACACUAUUUUUUUAGGGACUGUGAUUUUCAAAAGAAGUUUUAGUUACAAAUGUAUCCAUAUCAAAAGGUAUUUGAGUUUUAUAGAGGGUAUUAUUAUUCUUUUAUUGUUAUUAUGAUUACUACUUU